UUGAAUUCUGUUCCUCGCGACGUCCAUAAAGCUUUGCAUGACGUCUCGUGAAUACAUGAAUGGAAUUAUUCCUGGUUUCGGUUGAAUUGAAUGGUUGUAAAAUAAUAUAUCACUCUCAGUAAACACUCUAGUGGGAUUUUUGCAUUUAUUUUACAUUAAUUGGUAUUUACUGAGUGGUGAGGAAGGCUUAAAAGGAUGUCGGACAGUCUAAAACAAAUCUAUAGAAAGGCAGCUAAGGUUUACAAGAAAGAUAGAGAGUCAUAUGAACGGUUUGCCAACUUGCUUUUAGACAGUACUGAUGAAGGUCGAGAAUCGUUUGUUCCCGGUCUGAUGGCGGUGAUUGACGAUGACGAUUUAUUCAAAGCGACAGCAAACAGUUUUGUUUCGGAUGCAAAGCGACCAGAAAAUGAUAAACCAUACAGAGAGGCAAUGCAAGCGAUGUUGAACUUACAGUUGAGAGAAAGCGACAAUAAAUGUCUUAAGCAACGCGAUGUAUCAGCAGUGGCUGUUCAUGAAAAACAUAUGUCGGCUAUUAAGGAAAACAAUUUCGUUAAUGCUGUCAAACAUCUUCCUCUGGAUCAGUAUGAAGCAUUUCAAAAUCAUGCACUUACCCAUGUUUGCAAAAUGCAGACCGUUGUACAAAAGGCUAGAUCAUGCAAACAAGUAACAAGGGUAGCAUUGGCUGCUAGUGUUCUUGCUAAAGACGUAUUACUUAAUAUUCAACGUUGGUGGAAAGGUGAAAUAUCAGGUAAAAGAUGCGUUAAGAAUAUACUUGAUUGCGGCGUUACCGUUGCAGCCGGCCUUGUCGGUGGUGCCAUAGGUGAGGUUUUAGGGGGUGCAGUUGGUGGUGCGGUGUUUGGACCAGUUGGAGCAGCAUGUGGGGCUAUUAUUGGAGCUGUUACCGCUGGUGCAACUGCUGCAAAUUAUAGUAAAACUAUAACGGAUGCUUUAACGAGCUCUUUUUUUGACCUACCAAAAUCGGAAGCGCUCGAAAACGCGUAUCGUUUCCUUGACUGUUCUCCAUCUGCUAGUAACAGUACCAUCAAUUCAAGGUACCGAAAACUUGCUUUACGUUUCCAUCCGGAUAAAGGUGGUGAUAGACAGAAGUGGACUCGUCUUCAGUAUGCAAUUGAAAUAGUUCGAGAAGCUCGGGAAGAAAAAUAAAAGAUUCUGUUCCUGUCUUGUUUACGUGGGGUUCAAAGUUUCAGAUGCGAGGACUUUGGAUUGAUGUACAUGUAUAUAACUGAACAUGCUAAAACAUCGAUAUAACAACUAUUGGUAUAAAAGUAUUAACUGUCAUAAACCAGAAGGAAUAUAUUUACUUAAAACAACCAAUAUUUGCAAAAUAAGACUGUAUUAAUGUAUUGAAAUAUUCUUUGACCUAAACAGGUCCCUAUAUUCAUUUGCAUUAAAGUGCAUGUAAAGUAUUUUAUUGUGAGUGCAGUUAGCAUGUAUCUAUAUGUAUUUACAUUGUAAUAUUUAAACUGUUUGUGCAUUUGGAUAACUUUGAGCAUAUCGGGCUCUUUGCUGAAGGAUUGCCACCUGCAAAGCAUGUACAAUCAUAACACUGUUAUGUAUUUUGACCAGAAGAUUGCAGUUAUGUGAUAAUGUGAUUUAAUGGUGAGUCUGAAGCACCUUAGGCUCCUGAUAUAUAUUUGCACUAAUCACUGACUUUUGUUUAUACAACAAUAGAUCGUUGUUAAAUGACAAUCUGGCUGUUUUUAGAAAACAGGAGAAGAUAAUAGAACCUUAUCAUCGGUACCUUCUAUAAAAUCUUUUUUGAAGUGUU